AUUUGUUGACGUCGUUGCUAUGAUACCAGCGGACGUGGACGCAUGUUAGGCUGAAUUUGAUGUAAGUAUCGGCUAACAGUAGGCUUACAGUGUCUAAAAUGUCACACAAUGGUGGAGACUACGACUUUCAGAAGUCAAAAGGCACAUUUGCAACGUUAUUGGCUGAAGGAGACUGGCUGUUCCACAAAGGGGAGUAUAAAAAGGCUGUGGAUAGUUUUACAUCGGCCCUGACUUUAAAGCCUGACGAUAAGAACUGUUUAGUUGGUCGGUCCAAAUGUUACCUGAAGGUCGGGGAGUCAGAAAAGGCUUUAAAAGAUGCAAACGCUUCACUCAAAGACGACGAGUCGUUUUAUGAGGGGUUAUACCAGAAAGCAGAGGCCUUGUACUACAUGGGGGAAUUUGAAUUUGCUCUGGUGUUUUACCACAGAGGACAAAAGCUGCGUCCGCAAAUGCAGGAGUUCAGACUGGGUAUCCAGAAAGCACAGGAGGCCAUAGAGAACGCUAUUGGCUGUCCUACCAAGGUAAAACUGGAGAUUAACGGAGACCUCUCAUUUCUACAGAAUGAUGAGGAGGGGGCAAAGCCUAUUAAUGCUAUUCAGCAUCUGAUUGAGGAGAGAAAACAGCCUCUCUCUAUGGCCCCUAAGAAAGAGAAGAUUGCCAAACACCUGCUGGGGGAGUUUUACAGUGACAAGAAAUAUUUGGAAAACCUGCUGAAAGAUGAAGACUUGAUAAAGGGAAAGAGUGGGAAAAAACUGAAGGAUAUCGUUCAGAACUCUCUUACAUACCUUGACACUUGUACUGAGUUCUGGACCCAGGAAAAAAACAUCUAUGCUCAGGAUAAAGACCGUAAACCCACGCAGCAGAGGUGUAGCAAGCCUCAACAUGUUUCAGGCUCUGAACCUGCUCAGGUUCUGCUUAGAUCCCUGCAGGACAUUGAUGCAGAGUUGACUUCUGGAAAUGCCAAAGGUAGUCUGAAAAAGGCAGAGGAAGCCAUGAAGGCUGUGCAGGGAUGGCCUGACAAAGAAAUAUCGAAGAAGAGAGAGGCUAUUGGCAGCCUGCACAGUUGCAUUGGUAACGCUCUGAUUGAACUGGGAAACAUAAACAAAGCUUUAGAACAUCAUCAAAAGGACUUAGAGUUGGCUGAACAGUGCAAACUCCCUGAAGCCAUGUCCAGGGCUCUGGAAAACACUGGAAGAGUCUAUGCCCAAAUGGGACGGUUCGAACAGGCAAUAGAGGUCUGGGAAAGGAAGGUUCCUCUGCUUAGUGGUGGUUUGGAGAAGACUUGGUUGUUUCAUGAGCUUGGCUGGUGUCACCUGAAGCUCAGUCACCAUGAAAAAUCCCAAGACUAUGGCAUCCGAUCAGUCGCUGCAGCUGAGGAAAUUGCUGAUGAGGAAUGGCUUUUAAACGCUCAUGUUUUGGUGGCACAAUCAGAGAUUAAACUUGGAAACUUUGAAUCUUGUGUCGCCCAUUUUGAGAGGGCCUUGACAUAUGCCAGACUCAAAGAAAACAACUGCGCCAUGACUGGCAUUCUGAAGGCACUAGAUGAAGCAAAGCAACAAUUACCACAGUGAACUGUAUGCAGUCAAGAUGUGCGCCGCCUAAAAAUAAAAAGACAAUGGAGACUUCAACCAGGGAACCCAUGAUUGUUGAGGUCUUUGUACUCAAUUGGGCUCAGAAUGUAUUAAAAAGAGCCAAAGAAUCAGUAGACAGUUAAUAAAAGCAAAUGGUGUAUGGGUACCACAUAUAUAGUAUAUUCAUACAUGUUUUGAUGUUCUUUGGCUGUAAAGUAAGUACAUUUUUGAUAAAUUACAUUUGGGUGUUGAUUUAUUCAGUAUGUUUUCAUACCUAUGUGCAUCCAUUUUGUUUAUAUUGGUCAAAGGUUAAAAUGCAAAAGUCAGGAUUAAAUGAAAAUAUAUAACACA